AAGACUUGACGCCAGGUAGUUUAGUCCACCUGCCCACUAGCAACACGAUCGUAAGGCGGAGUACAAUUUUUUAAAAUAUAUAUUUUCUUUAGGCAGCUCAAGACCCGUGUACUCGGCAUGCUACAACACAAGUUUUGGGUUUUCGUCUCCACAUCUCUGCUGGGUUUGUUGGUGGGGCCCUCGCAUGCAGCAGUGAUACGUUCAAGACGGGAUGGGACACAAAGCCUUCAUCUGUCGCUCUCAGAUCUCCAUAGCGACAUUUACACAGGAAGCAACAAGGAAGAUGGCGACGGGAAUCAUGGGAACAUGAUAGACAUUCAAUCUCCGGAUCCUGCACCGGUUCCCGACAUAAAGCCACCAGCAGCUACUGAGCCGGACCCGGUGCAGUCUCCAGACCCCCCUAAAGUCGACCCCCCUAAAGUCGACCCCCCUAAAGUCGACCCCCCUAAAGUCGACCCCCCUAAAGUCGACCCCCCAGGGCCGGAUAACUCAAAUAAAGAAGAUGGUGAUGGCGAUGGUAACAAUGGUGGGGUGGAUACCCCGUCAGCUCCAGCUGCACAGGAGCAACAGCAGCAGGUAGAACAACAGCAACAACAGCAGCAAGAAGAACAACAGCAACAACAACAGCAGCAGCCAGAAGCUGUACCCACAGAGCCGCCACCUGCUGCACCAGAAACGACUGAACCACUACCGGUGGACACCGCCAACGAAAAGUCUCAUGCAGCCGACCACGCCCACAGCCCGGACAGCUCGGAGGAGGUGCCUCUGGAGAACAUGGUCGACCCUUCUUCUAUCAAUAUUGGCGCCCCUGACGGUGUGGGGGGUGGGGCGGGUGGAUCCCCCGAUCCUUUUGACGUUCCUCCUGGUGAUCUCGGCCAUCAGACGCCAAAAUACAACGACCCCUUUGAUCCCUUUAUUCACCCUAACAACCCCCCGCCCCCACCGCCACCCAUUCACUUUCUAAUGCCCAUUCGCCCUCCUCCACCCCCACCCCCUAUGAAAGGAAAUGUUUUUCCUCCACCCCAUCCGGUACAAAUACUUCAUCCACCCCACCCACAUAUCCUACCCCCGGAAUUGAUCGCUCCCCCACCACCUCCCCCCGUCAAAUCAGAUCGUACCAGCACUAAUGAGAAGUCUGGAUUUAAAGCUGAAGCAGAUGCCUUAGCUCUAGACCGACAGAACGACCUCCUCGACCUUAAGCAAGACCAACUGAACAACACUCCAGCCAAGGACACGCCUACACCCGCUUUAGCCCCGCCCAUCCCCACUCAGAUGUCAAUGAACGACAUGAAAGGGCUGGCGGCCGACAAGGCUGCUGACGCCCUUGACCUUCAUAGAGAUAUGGUAGCCAUGGCUAAAGAGAAGGAGGCCGCGGCUAAGGAGGUCGCAUCCAACUCGGGGCCGGCUGGGUUUAUUUUUGCCGGCUAAUGACAUGAUGUAAUGUAACCGGUCCGGCUGGCUUUAUUUUUGCCGGCUAAUGACAUGAUGUAAUGUAACCGGUCCGGCUGGCUUUAUUUUUGCCGGCUAAUGACAUGAUGUAAUGUAACCGGUCCGGCUGGCUUUAUUUUUGCCGGCUAAUGACAUGAUGUAAUGUAACCGGUCCGGCUGGCUUUAUUUUUGCCGGCUAAUAACAUGAUGUAAUGUAACCGAUUGCAUUGAGUUGUGUCAAGCACGGCAUGAAACACUUGAAAUGUCACCUUAACUUUUCUAUUCGUCUGAUGAAAUCAUCACAGCUAACAUUCCUAUAUUCCAUGGACAAUUUUUUACCUUUAUAAUAAAAUUCUGUUAGAAAUGCCUGAA